CGGGCGUGACGGGCGGACCUUUCACGGUAUACUAUCCAUCACUAGUCGCCGGCGAAACUUCCUGGAAUUUUCGUCUGUACGGCGGCGCGUGGCCACGGACUAUCACUAGAGGAGAGGAGAGCACCACGGACUGACUGACUUGCUGCUCGAUCUCUUCUUCUUCUACCUAGCUUGGCUUCGGCGUCGAUCACCAGUCCCCGCGUUCCGAGCCAAGAGAGAAGAUGGGCCGCGGGAGGACGGAGAUGAAGAGGAUCCACAACGACGUGUCGCGCCGGGCCACCUUCGGCAAGCGCCGCCGCGGCCUGCUCAAGAAGGCGGGCGAGCUCGCCGUGCUCUGCGGCGUGGACCUCGGCCUCCUCGUCUUCGACGACGGCGGCGCCGGCAAGCUGUUCGACUACUGCAGCCCCAGCACAAGCUGGAGCGAGCUAAUUGAGCGCUACGAGAGCAUCACCAACCACAAGUUCCAGUUCCAGUUCCAGUUCCAGGGGAUAGAUCAUGAUGAUGAUGAUCAGCAACCGUUGGCGGAUCUGAGGCGUGAGCGUGACCGUCUCGAGGCCAGCGUGAGGAGGCAAACCGGAGAAGAUCUGCCAUUCGCCGCGACGGCGGCCGAACUGGACGAUCUGGAGCAGCGGCUGGAGUGCGUGCUGGGCGAAGUCCGUGAAAUGAAGGACAAGCUGCUGGAGCAGCAGUUGGCCGAAUCAUACCACAAGGUGCACAUCUUGGAGGACCAGAACAGCUACCUUCGCCGCAUGAUGGGCGAGGAGGGGCAGCAACGUGCUGCUGUGGAGGCGUCAUCGGUUGCGCCAAAGCUACCGGCGAUGGCGUUCGGGGGAUCCUUCCCGGAGGUGGAGGAGGAGGAAUUGACGACACUGCGGCUGUGGCCGCGGCAGCUCCCCGAUGUGUAAGGCAUAGGCCUCAAGCCCAGCCUGCGGCUGUAACGAUUAAGGUCGAGGAGAAAUGAUAGCCCGACGGAAGACAGACGGAGACUAUCAUUGAUUAGUUAACAAAUCUAGCUCAAACUUACUAGUAGCAGGCCUAUGUUCAGACGACAUAUACGUCAACAAAUAGCAGACGCCCGUAUUUUGCUCCACCCAAUUUACUGUAUGACUGUGUGAGCAGCACUCCCCAUAUAGUAUCACGUUGGUUCAUAUGAAUUUACUGCGGUGUUUUGUUUAA